GUCAGAGUUUGUUUGUCACGUGACUGGAACCCGGAAGUGCUUAUGUGUACACAGGUUACAGGACACAUCUAACGGGUUUAGUUGUUUUUUUUAAACGCCAAAUAACAUCUGUUAUCGAUGUCCUGUUGUUGGUUCAAAUUUGUGGUUUAUUAAAAGUGCCAGAUGUUAGCGUAGUGAUUUAGACAGAUUUGACUGGUCAGAUUCUCACAAUGGCAGAGCGCUUUAACAUCCAUCUGCAAAAAUCCACCAAGGACAAACUUGAAAAAUUCAAACAAAUAAGAGGUAAAAAAGUUCAGUCUGAUGUAUUCUGGGAUCUUGUGGUCAUCACUGCAGUGGAUGAGGACCAGAGGUCUGCUUAUCAAAUUCAGAUCAAUGAGAAACUGGAGAGGAAAGAACUGCCUCUUGGCAUCAAUUAUCAUGUGUUUGCAGAUCCUCCAGGAUGCAAGAUUGGUAAUGGUGGAUCAACUUUACAUUCGCUGCAGUGUCUACAUGAUAAAUAUGGCAAGUCACUGUCAGGAUUUAAAGUCAUCCUUAUUCAUGCAGGAGGAUUCAGUCAACGUUUGCCCAGUGCCAGUGCCCUGGGUAAAAUACUCACAGCUGUGCCCCUGGGAAACCCUUUAUAUCAAAUGCUGGAGCUCAAACUUGCAAUUUAUGUGGAUUUCCCCUCAAACAUGAAGCCAGGAAUGCUGGUUACCUGUGCUGAUGAUAUAGAGCUCUACAGUGUUUCUGACCAAGAGAGUGUGGUGUUUGAUAAGUCAGGUUUUACUGCCUUAGCACAUCCCUCUCCUCUCUCUGUUGGUACCACUCAUGGAGUUUUUGUUCUUGAACCAGCACACAUGCCCAGAAUUUGUGAUAUGGAAUACAGAACUUGCUCUCAAUUUCUGCACAAACCAAGCAUUGAAAAGAUGUUCAAAUGCAACGCCGUUUGCAAGAGGGAAGGAGAGGAGUUUGUUUACACCGACAGCACUUACUAUUUUGAUUACGGGAUUGCCAUGACCCUGCUGACCUUGUUCCGUGAAAUCAGCCCUCUGACAUGUGAAAUCGAUGCCUAUGGAGACUUUCUUCAAGCCCUGGGGCGAAGCGCUACUGUGGAUUACACAGAAAACACUGCCAACGUCACAAAGAAGGAAAACGGUCUCGUUGAGAUUCGCAGAAAGAUUUUCCAUCGUCUCAAAGGCACGGCACUCAACGUCAUCCUGUUGAACAACUCCAAGUUUUAUCAUGUCGGCACCACAGAGGAAUACUUGUUCCACUUCAGCACUGACCCCUGUCUCAGAGCAGAACUCGGCCUGGUCUCUGCUGCCUUCAGUGUGUGCGACUUGGAGCCAUCGGAGAGAACUAGAGUUUGCGUGUCGCACAGUAUCCUGCAUCCCAGUGUGAGCAUGUCCCAGGGCAGUGUUGUGGAAUACUCCAGACUGGAUGCUAGAGUUAAAGUCGGAAGUAGAUCUAUCAUCAGUGGCUGCUGGAUAGACACGGAUCUAACAGUUCCAAGUGACACCUUCAUACACUCUUUAUCUGUAAACCUGGAUGGAAAAACGGGUUUUGUGACUGUGGUUUUUGGUGUUAAAGAUGAUUUGAAGAAAAGUGUAUCCAGUCCUGCUCAUAUGAAAGCAUUGAGUUUGUUUAAGGUUAAUCUGGAGGACUGUGUUGGACUCUGGGGUUUGUUUCCUGAGAAGGUCAGGUUCUCGGGAGACACAUCUAUGUGUAGUUUGUGGAACGCCUGCAUUUUCCCAGUGUGCUCCAAUCUAAAGGAUUCAUUUGUGAUGUCACUGGGGAUGCUGAAGGCACUGGAUAGUGGAACCAGUUUCACACUACCAAAAAAAGCCACACUAACCUCUUUACAAGAAACUCUGCAGAACAAGAACCUGGAGGAAAUGCUGAAAUUUAGGAAAGAACUUUAUGAAGACAUUCUUAGGGUUAAUUUAAGUCAUUCUGUCUUCAAUGCUCAAGACAACGAUGACCAUGUUCUCCUUCAUUUCAGCUCUCGAUUUGGACACCAAGAGGUUGUUCGUUUCCUUCUGCAGGGCACCUUUGACAAACAGCCGCACUCUCUCAGCAUCUAUGGUGACACACCUCUCCACCUAGCCUGCUACAAUGGAAAACUUGAAGUGGUGCAGGAGAUUAUUCAGUUGUCGGGCAGAGAGAGUCUGUGUAAGGAGAACAUUUUCAGUGAGACAGCUUUCACAGCCUACACCUACGGCAAGAACCUGGAAAUGGUCAAGUAUCUGCUCAGUCAGUGCAAUGCCGUGAGCAUCAACCAUCAGGGGCGAGAUGGGCACACACGUCUCCAUAAUGCCUGUUUCCAUGGACACAUCCUUGUCAAAUUUCUUUUGGACAACGGGGCAGAUAUGAAUCUGGUAGCUUGUGACCCCAGCCUGCCCCAGUGGGGGAAAAGGACAUCUGUCUGUCUGUCUACUUAUAUAUAUAUAUAUAUAUAUAUAAAUAUAUAGAUAGCCAUUGUUACUUUGCUAAAACACUACAAACAACCUCAGGAUUUGUUACCCUGCAAUGAAUAUUCUCAACCAGGAGGGGAUGGAUCAUAUGUUUCUGUUCCUUCUCCACUGGGAAAGAUCAAGAGUAUGACUAAAGAGAAGGCAGAUGUGCUUCUCCUGAGAGCAAGUCUUCCAUCCAACUUCCACAUUCAACUUUCUGAACUGGAGUUUAACGAGAUUAUUGGUGUAGGUUCCUUUGGAAAGGUCUACAAAGGAAUGUGCCGCAAUAAGAUAGUUGCAAUUAAACGGUACCGCGCAAACACAUACUGCUCAAAGUCAGGUACAGAUAUGUUCUGUCGGGAGGUGUCCAUCCUGUGCCGUCUCAACCACCCCUGUGUGAUCCAGUUUGUGGGAGCAUGUUUGGACGACCCCAGUCAGUUUACCUUUCUUACCCAAUAUGUGGCCAGAGGAUCACUGUUCUCAUUGUUACACGAGAAGAAGAGAAUCAUCGAUCAGCAGUCCAUGUUCAUCAUUGCUCUUGAUGUAGUGAAGGCCAUGAAUUAUCUGCACAAUCUGAUCCAACCAAUCAUUCACAGAGACCUCAACAGUCAUAAUAUUCUGCUUUAUGAAGAUGGACACGCUGUGGUGGCUGAUUUUGGUGAGUCUCGCUUGUCUGUGGACGAGGAUACUAUGACUAAACAACCUGGGAACCUGUGUUGGAUGGUCCCAGAGGUGUUUACCCAAUGUACACUCUACACGGUGAAAGCCGACAUGUUCAGCUAUGCUCUCUGCUUGUGGGCUCCAUUUGCACAUCUCAAACCAGCUGCACCUGCGGCAGAUAUGGCGUAUCAUCAUGUCCACCCUCCUAUUAGAUACUCGAUUCCCAAACCUGCAUUGCUUCAGAGAGGCUGGAAUGUCUGUCCAGAGGUGAACCCAAGUUCAGAGUUUUCAGAAGUGGUUGCCAAAAUACAGGAAUGCCUAUGUAAUGUGGAGCUAAUGUCUCCAGCCUCCAGUAACAGCAGUGGUUCUCUUUCACCCUCAUCCUCCACUGACUGCCUGGUGGCACGUGGUUGUCCUGGAAGUCAUGUAGCUCCCCUUCGAGUUGGAAUAUGCCAAAUAACACCCAAUUAGCAAUUUGGACCCAAAAGUACAC